GCACAUAUUUAUUUGAAGCUCUUAGUUGGACACUCGACCUGUGGCUCCUUUUUGUAGCAGGAGAAAGAAGAGGUGGAAGAGUAGUAUUCAGCCAGAUGUACCCCAUGGAUUCAGGACCCAGUCAGCAAACCUAGGAUCUUGUAACCUUUGAAACCAAGCCAGGUGAAAAGACGUAGAAAUGGAGAACAUAACAGCAGAAUCUACUGUGGUUCCAGUACUGAAAUGCAACAUGACUGGCACACAUGAAUUUAUCUUCACCGUCAUCCCAGUAGUUUAUGUCUGCAACUUUGUUAUUGGAAUUGUAGGUAACAGCAUGGUUGUGGCUGUUAUCCACAAGUAUAUGAGGCCAACUGUAGCCAAUGUAUUUGUUCUCAAUUUGGCCAUGUCGGACCUCACAUUCCUGGUAACAGUGCCCAUGUGGGCCACUUUUACUGCUUUGGGCUACCACUGGCCAUUUGGAAGCUUCCUGUGUAAGGCCAGUGCUGGCCUGGCUAUCUUUAACCUCUACACUAGCAUCUUCUUCCUGACAGCACUGAGUGUGGAUCGAUACCUGGCUAUCGUACACCCAGUGGGGUCACGCCACCAUCGGACACUGCUCUAUGCCCGAAUUACCUGUGUUCUGAUUUGGAUCUUUGCCUUUAUUCUAAGUAUACCCACUGCCCUAAGCAGGAGCAUCUUCAAGAUCAAGGACCAUGAGUCAACAAUCUGUGGUGUCUGGCAGGACAACAAGCAGAUUCAAGUCACUAUGGUGUCUCUCAGUAUCCUUAAAAGUGUACUAGGGUUUCUUGUGCCCUUUCUUGUCAUUAUUACGUGCUAUUGUUUGAUGGGUCGCACACUGCUAAGAGCUAAAGGGCUGUUGAGAAGAAGUUCACGUUCCCGAGAAGAUGUAACGCUGCGCAUGCUAGCCGCUGCUGUGCUGGCCUUUUUUGUAUGCUGGGCUCCUCACCAAAUCUUGCACUUCAUGAAUCUUCUGGCAAUGCUAGGGGUGUUAAAAGACUGCCACAAACUGGAUGUCAUUGACACUGCAAUGCCAUUUAGCAUAUGCUUGGCCUAUUUUAACAGUUCUGUCAACCCUAUUUUGUAUAGCUCUGUAGGACGUAACUUUCGCAAGAAUUUGCUGAGGCUGUUCAACUGUGGUUCAUAUCAGGUUACAAAUCGCUCCAAUAUCAGCACUAAGAUGACUUCUUUGUCCAACAGAGCUUCUGAGGUGCUGCACAUUUCAGGCAAGAAGGACUUGGAACAUAAUGCUUGCACAUUGAAAGAGCUUCAAUCCACAUGAAAUGAUUACCUUUGCUUUGUCACCUUUGCAUUUGAAAAUGGUACACAAAGGGGCCUACACGGUGUUGUGCUAAGCUUAAUUUUUUUGGUUUAUUUAUGUUGUACAUUGAGUUAUUAACCAUUUUAUUGGGUACAUCUACCAUGCAGAAGCAAUUAGUAUGCAUGGGUGCCAUAGAGGGAGGAAAUAU